UCCCGGCCGAGCCGGAAGUGGAGGCGAGGGCUUCCCAUGAUACCCCGCGGGGCGCCUAUUCAAACUGCACGGAGAAGAGGGAGGCGGUCGUGAUGGCGGCUCCGGAGCCGGAAGUGGUGUGCCCGGCCGCAGUACCCGAUUUGGAAUGGUAUGAGAAGUCAGAGGAAACCCACGCCCCCCAGAUAGAACUACUCGAGACUACGUCUACUCAAGAACCUCCCAACCCUUCGGAGCCCUUUUGUCCCAGAGACUGCAUGGUGCCAGUGGUGUUUCCCGGGCCUGUGAGCCAGGAAGGCUGCUGUCGGUUUACUUGUGAACUUCUAAAGCAUAUCAUGUACCAGCGCCAACAACUGCCUCUGCCCUAUGAACAGCUUAAGCACUUCUACCGAAAACCUUCUCCCCAGGCCGAGGACGCAGUGAAGAAGAAAGCUCGGGCCGCCGCUGAAGUGAGCAGCAGGAAAUGCCAACAAGCCCUGGCAGAACUGGAGAGUGUCCUCAGCCACCUAGAGGGUCUCUUUGCCCGGACAAUAGUACCCCGUGUGCUUAUCCUCCUUGGUGGCAAUGCCUUAAAUCCCAAGGAGUUCUACGAGCUUGACUUGUCCCGCUUGGCCCCCAACAGCAUGGACCAGAGCCUGAGCACUGCGGCUUGUUUGCGGCGUCUCUUCCGAGCCAUUUUCAUGGCUGAUGCCUUCAGUGAGCUACAGGCUCCUCCACUCAUGGGCACCAUUGUCAUGGCACAGGGGCACCGGGACUGUGGAGAAGAUUGGUUUCGACCCAAGCUCAACUACCGAGUGCCCACCCGGGGCCACAAACUGACUGUGACUCUGUCCUGUGGCAGACCCUCUAUCCCAGCCACAGCCUGGGAGGAUUACAUUUGGUUCCAGGCACCAGUGACACUUAAAGGCUUCCAUGAGUGAAUGGGGCUGCUUCUUCAUCGUGAACACAAUGGCUUUAAUUAUCUUUCCCCCUAUGGCGCCAAGUCACCCAUCUCUUGCUUGGAGCUAGAAUUGCUUCCUGGUGAGAGGAAUGUUCUGUCCUUCCAGCUGCCUGCCUCCCCUCCUCAGACUUCCUGGUGGGCCGAUUUUAUGGCUGUGGCUGUCAUAAUUAUCACUGAACAACAUCUCUUUGAAUCAAAGGUUGAUUUUCCCAGAAGGUGCUGGGUCAGGCAUUUCUGUUCUGGUUGGAAGGCAAAUAUGGGGUCAUAGACGGACACUCUUUUGGAAGUGGCCUUUUAAUGCUUUUUACUGUGGCAAUUCAGAAUUUUUGCUAGGGACAUAACUUAAAUAUAAAAAUGAAUGGAUUUGCAUUAAAUUAUCAAAUUAUCCUCUUGGCUUAAAGAUUCCCAGGGUUAAGACUAGAGUAUUUUGUCUUUCUCCUUGGCGUCUUAUGCUUCAGGGUUUCUAGGAUUUUUUUUUUUUUUUUUUAACUGAUGGUUCUUUUUCUCUUCAUCAACCCUAGGCCCUUCUGGGAAGUGAUUGGACUUGGUCGAGGUUCUGUAACACUUUGACGUCAGAGCUGGGACUAGAGUCCUCAUCAGUUACCUCCUUGCCUGACCUCCUUUCCUCGCCAUGUAGGGGUUUUUGUGAUCAUUACAGUAUAUGUGCCAAAGGUCACAUAGGGGAAAAGGAGUUGAGAGACUAGACUGAGAAAGGAAACUGAGAGGGCCUUUGCCAAGCUCCAAAGCCCGUGGGAACAAUUUCUGAGCCCAGAUGUCCCUUCAGGGGUUCUGCCCAGCGUGUCUCCAUUGCAGUGACUGGUGGGUUGCUGGCGGUUCCUGCUGGUAGCACUGUCCUUAGGCAUACCCUGCUCUCCUGCCUGCGGCACUUCCUCCACAGCUGUGCCUCUGACUUGGCCAUCCUGAUCCUUGCUCUUCUUCGGGCUUGUUCCCAUCCUGACUAUUAAGCACUGAUGCGCUUUGUCCCUGAGAACACCUGCUUAUGUCUUGGAAACAAAUUGAAGACAUAGUCAUUACCCUGCUGGUGUUGGAGAUAGGUAGGUUGUGUGUAUGUGUGUGCAUGUGCAUGUUUGUAUGUGUAAAUGGGGACAGUAUAAAUAUACACUAUUUUUUAUGUUUUAAGAAGAAUGUUUUGUGUUAAGAAAACAGAAAACAUGGUUUAAAUUUUACACUAUGUUUUAAGCACUUUACAUACAUUAUCUCAUGUAGCAACCUUCCAGAGUAUGUGUUGUUCCCAUCCUAUCGAUGAGGCUAGGGGAAAUAGAAUAAUUUGUGGAGGAACCUGGAUUCUAACCCAGUCCACCCAGCUCCAGCUCUGGAGGCUGAGUGCUGUGCAUAGUGCUGCAUGGCCUGUGUGGGUUUUACUCUGAAAUAAUUAAGCAGAUUCACUCUGCCAAAAGUAGUAGCAUUGGAAAGCUGCAAGACUCCCUCUCUGGCUUUAGACUGUAGAUCCUGAGAGGGAACCUGCUGGUAAGUGGUCAGAAAAUCUGGAAUCAAUGAGAACAGUAUAGGUUUGGGUGACUUUUGGUGCUAUGGCCACUUGAAGCAUAUUUUACCAGUUAGAAUUUCAGCUGGUUUUUGGUCUGAGGAUACUGCCUUACGAAAGAGGAGCAGAGCCAUAUCUCCCACUUGGCAAUGGAAUGGACAGGCUGAGGGCUGUAAGGGGAGGGAGAGUUUUGGACAAGGGAGUUACAGAUUGUUUUGACACAGAAAACACCUUAGGCCAAGUCAGCUCCCUCAAAUUUUAAAAGCCUUCAUAAGCAAUGCCCAGAUAAUCAAAACAAAGUAAUUAUCUGGGUAAUUUAGACACUUAUUUCUCUCUUGCCUUGGCAUGGGGCACCACAUCAUUCUGAUUGCAUGAGUCCUUUCCAAAGGAAUCCAGAAAUGAAAAGGUCAGUUAAUAUUAACGACAGCCCAGUGUAGGGCUCCCUGCUCAGUGUGGAGUCUGCUGCUCCCUCUCCUGCCCUCCCCACCCACUCAUGCCCUCUCUGUUUUUCUCUUUCUCCCUCUCUCCAAUAAAUAAAUAUAAUCUUUAAAAAAA